AUGGUAGUGGUUGAGAAUGCAUGGGUGGAGCUAAGGAAGAGCGUUGGGUUGGCUUCAGAGAAUCAAAACCUAGAAACUGCAUUGCAGGAUGACGGUGAUGUUGCAGUGGCUGCUGCAUCCAAAGAUCAAGAUAAGUCAAAGCGCAAUGCCACCCCUUUACGGCACCAUCUCGAUCAAUCCGAUGGGGAGGUGAUGAAGGUGGGGGCAGUGUUGGUGGCUUGGGGAAGUCUGGUGGGGAGGUGA